CGCGAAUUUUUAUUUGCGUCUUUUAAAACUUGACAUUAACACAUCAAAUGCACACUUUUCAAUAGCCCAAACCAAAAAUAAUAAUGACUAGUACACGCAAAAAGAAAAAGGUGAAAUGUGACCCCAGGGCGUCCGAGCAGAUGCGCAAGUGGUUAACAGAUAAAAAGAAAAAUGACAGCACUCCGCCAGUUCCAUUUAGUGUAUUUAGCAAAGUAGUGGAAAACCUGCCGGACAUAGCAUUUCAAAUUCAGUGCAAUGAGCCCGGCGCUGCAAACAAAUCCUUGGAUGAGUGCGCGCUCUGGUAUUACAAUACCUUCUACAGUGAACCCACGAUAAGAACGAAAUAUGAAUACAAGCUGAGAUCCUGUCCGCUGCGCGUCAAGCAGAAGUUGCUGCAGGGCAGCACGGCUGGUUCGUCCGAUGAGUUCUCGGAAUCAAACGACAUUGGCCGAGCCUCAACCGAGGAUGGCUAUGAGGUCACAGUAAAUAGAGCCGGCCGAUUCCUGUUUCCCGUUUCGUUAGCCACGUUUGAGCGUUACAUCCAUAAGACCGAAUUACUCAAUAUGCUUGUGCGCAAGGAGACCAAGAGUAAGACGAAGCGAGCUGAGCUCUUGCUCGACAAGGAUGUGUGCCGUAAGCUAUUGCGCAAAUACUAUAAUUCAUUCUACAUCAAUUCGAGUCGGCGCCACAUGGAAAUAUGUAAAUUCGAGACGGCGCCCGCAGCUCUAAGGCAGCAGCUGCUUAAAAUGGGCGUGCCCUUGGACGAGCUGGCCGUAAAGACGAUGCAGAUGAAAUCACAGAAAUCGCGCUUGCCUACAUCACCAAACUUUAAGGCCAAGGUAGGAAGAAGUCCACAGGGCAAACCUCCCGUUCCAAGGACUCCCUACAACCUCUCAAUUGUGAGCUUCAAUGAGUUUGAGAAAUACAUUAUCAAUAUAUACGACAUUGUGUGGCGGCUGAAGCUGAACGAUCCUGACUACUCCUACAAGGGCUUCGAGGACUGCGCCUAUGAGUAUUACUUUGCCUUCUAUCUGACUCCCGAGAUACGCGAGAAAUAUCCUUAUGUCCUGGCGCCCUGCACAACUGCAAUGAAAAAUCGAAUACUCUCCGUGCCCAGUCCAGAGGAUAGAAAGACGUUGCUGCAAAUGAAAACUAAAGGACGGCGAGUGUCUACAUCGCAACCAAUUGAACAGGAUACUGAAGUCCCUCAGCCGACAUCACCAGCUGAAUUAGAUGAAGAGGUUGCAGGGGCAAGCGCAGAGCAUGAGUCGCCUCCUGGCGCCGUAGAGGAGCAUCUACCGGACGUCGUGCCAUCUGGAGAGGAGCAUCUGCAAGAGGUCUUCCCAACCAGGCAGGAGCAGCAGCAAGAGAUCUUGCCACCAGCCAAACUUGUAGGAGACAAAUGGUCGGAGAUUGUGCCACCGGUUAGCUUCAAGUUGUUCAAGCGCUACAUCCGAAAUCUGGACGACAUUGUCCAACAGAUGCUGUAUUCUGGGGAGUACAACGGCAGAACUGCAGAUGAAUGUGCGCUGGAAUACUACAAUAGAUUCUAUUGGGAUCCAGAAAUACGUAAACAGUUCAAAUACCAGGUGAAACCCUGCCCGGGCAGAGUACGUGAGAAGUUGCUAUCGCUGCCAGGCGAGGUUGAUCUGUUGGCUGACAUCCCAGCAAUCGAUAAGGGCAAUGCAUUGCUUGCUGCCGAACGUAAAUUGGUAACAGUUGACGACAUCACCUACGAGUUCCAGAUUAGCUUCGAGACAUUCGUUAAAUAUAUCAAUUACGAGGAACUGGGUAAACAGCUCGCCCUCACAUAUGAAAUGGAAAAGGGACUGGCUAACGAAUGUCCCUCCAAUGAGCAGUUGUUGAAACACUUCUACUAUUUAUUUUAUACCGAUCCGAGAGUGCGAGAACAAUUCAAAUACAAUUUUGAUGCCGCUCCACUUGAGCUGAGGAAACAACUAAUGCAGCUGGCCGAGCCUGUGCAGAGGAGGGAGGUGGAGAAAUCGCCAUUGAAUGAGCUAUGCGAAGCCAUGGAAGCUGAGGAUACACCAGAGCACGAUAUAAACACAAAUACUGGUUGCACAGAAAUUAGUACCGCUGAUUGCGAGCUGGACGUCGUAGAGGAUCUGGGCAGUUGUGGCCGUUUCAAGUUUCCUGUUUCGUUCGACACUUUUAUGCGCUGCAUCAACCACCAGGAGCUGCUGAGGCCAUUGCUCCUGCGCUUGACACAGGACGAGGAGGAGCUGGCAGCUAUGACAAGUCCGAUGCAUCCGCAGUGCCAUAAGAUAUUGAAACGAUAUUAUCGUUCGUUUUAUGUACGUCCGAGCACACGCGACUUAUACGAAUACCGAUUUGCCAAUGUAAGUGCUGGGCUAUUGGAGAAGCUAUUGGAAUAUGCAGAGCCUCUGGAUGAGAUGGCCAAGCAGCAGAUGGCACAGGCCGCAGAUGAGUAUGCCUCGGAGAACAAGAAGAAGAAGCAGGAGCAACUCGAAGAAAUAGCUAAAACGUUGCCCGUUACAUUCAAAUUGUUUAAGCGAAACAUUCGGAAUCUGGAGGAGAUUGUAAAAUGCAUGAUUAGCGAUGGGCAGCACAAAGACAUGUCAGAGGAUGAAUGCGCAUUCGAAUACUAUAUAGAGUUCUAUACAAAACCAGAAGUUCGGGGAAAAUAUGCAUACGAGCUCAAACCAUGUCCGAGUAAACUUCGAGAGAAAUUUCUGCAGCUGAACGCUGCUAGCUCGGCAACUGAGAUGGAGCACUCUGGUGCAGUAGAAGCCGCCGAAUCAAAACAGCUCGACUUGCAAGAAGCCGAGUCAAAAAACUCUGAGCAGGGGGAACAUAUUGGAACACCUGCAGCACCUGGAAUCACCCAAAUAGACUGCAAUGUGAAUGAGCGCAAUAAAAAUAAGAAUGUCUCGGUGCAAGAUGAUAAAACUUUGGUGUAUCUAGAGGGCAAAACUUAUGAAUUUCCAGUCUCGCUGCAAACCUUCAAGCGCUGCAUCAACUAUGACACAGUAAGAAUUGAGCUGGCGAAUUCGUUUUCGAAGGAUAAGCAAAAAGUUGAGAAAAUUCUCCGCGAGGAGCGUUACGAUCUGAUAUUGCUGCGCCGCUUCUAUCACUCGUUCUACAUCGAUCCGCGUGUCCGCAAAUUGUGCAACUAUAACUUCAAUGCCGCACCUGCUGAGCUGCAAGAGAAACUGCUGGGAUUCGCGGUGCAGUGCAGCCCAAAGCCGACAGAGGCCGAGGACACAAGUGGAUCUCCCGUUGGCGAGUCACAAGCGGAGCAGAUGUUAUUGCCACGCAUUGAGUUACAAGUGGACCAGGUGAAGGAGGCACUGCCACAGCCGCAGUCGAGUCCUGCGAUUACAUUUCCUGUCUCCUUCAAUAUAUUCUCCAAAACGUUGAACCUGGACGAGGUUGUGCGGCAAAUGCAGCAGGAGCCGCAGUAUGCCAAAGCAACGGCUCACGAUUGUAUGCUCGCCUACUACGAGGCAUUCUAUCGCACCCCGGAAAUUCGCGAGAAAUACAAAUGCACCUUUAAGCCUUGUCCGUCACUGCUAAAAGCCAAAUUGCUGCAGCUGCCUUUGAAGUCUCUAGCGUCCGAGUCCAGUGCGGCAUCAGGGAACCGUGAGAGCACCCAAGGCUCGGCUGCUGUGUAUGCAGCUAGGAGAGCGAAGCUUCACAGUAUGACUAAAUUGAAUAUGGUUAGGUACGCGCCCUACAAUUUGAAGGUCUACAUAGACAAGCGAGCAGCGAGGUGCCCCAGGAAGUGCGAUCUGUUGUCGGAACACUUUGCCGGCAAGCAAACAGACGAACAGAGGCAAAAUAUAGAGAUUGUAUGGAGAAGCCUGGAGACCUAUGAGAAGGCAGCCGCUGCUGUGAGGAGCGCUGCAGCAGUACGAGAGGCGACUGCAGCCAAAGAGACUUUUGAGUCGGAGUCGAGCACAACAACAACAAUAAUAAUAAAUAAAACGAAAACCGUUACGGCAACAACAACAACAACAACAAUUGCAGAGACAGCUGAGACCAUAAGAACAACAAAAAUAGUUUCAAAUGCAAAUGCAGCAACAGAGAUUGGCGGGUCAGCUGCAACAGCAGCUGCUGCAGAGUCAACAACCACUGCCACCAGUGAGGCAACAAAUACUGAUAUCUUUACCAAAGUUGUAAUGGACCUCACCAAAGCCGUUACUGAGAAGCCCGAGGAUAAUGCAUCAUCAUCCACUACAACAUCGAGUGGAAUUGCGCUGCAGAAGGCAAAAGCCUCGGUUGCAGUGAACAAAGCAGCGCCACAAGCUUCAACAGCAGCUUCCAAGGUAGCUGAAGAAAUGGCUGAAGAUCUGCAUCUGCAAUCGAUCAACCCGGCACUAUCUAAAGAAGUCAUGGUACCUACCAGUGCACUGGAGGCAGUCGAGGAGUUCUUUACCCCCGUCGAGAAGGUGCACAACAUGAAAUACCUGCUCUGCACAAGCCGCGGCCUCAAGAACACCAUCUGGCGCAUACUCUCCCAUCUGACUUAUACGGAGUUUAAGCUAUAUACGAGCAUAUAUGGAGCAGCCUCGUUAUAUGAGGAUGACAUCAUUUUGUCCUUGUGCUAUUACUUUGUGCUGUCCAGGGGCAAUUGGCCCACUAAUUUCUACGUGAAGCUGCGAUUGCUGCCGCAGCUGUUGCAGAAGAAAGGCGUUAAGUUGAACUCCCUUGACUUGGGCCAAUUGUCACCCAAGAUGCUGCACCGGGAGGACCUAAUCCACUUCACAAACUUCGAUGAGAUUGUUCAGCGCAGUUUCCAUGCACGCACCGGCCAUGAAAUCGCUAAUUUGCAGGACCUGUUCAGUGAGGCGAAGAAGUUUUAUGCCAUGUGCUGGUCCCAGGAUCGCUGGCUGCACCAAGUGCCACAGAUAACAGAGGAGCUGGCCCACUCCAUUAACUGGACGGAUAAUAUGCCAAUGGAGGAAACAACUCCACCUGCCACAUUGCCGCUCUGCAUGGCGCAGAGCUCAUCCCCCGUUCAGGUCAUAUCAUCGCAAAGCUCAGAGGAGCGACAAGAAGAGAUCAAUUCAACUCCGUCUGAUCAAACGGGUGCAACUGUACCUGAGACGCCUGAGGAGGCUAUAGAAGCAUCGCAAUCAUCCACUUGUCCACCCACACAACUUGAUGUGUCUCCAAGUCCACCUUGCUUUGUGGACAUGCAAAAUGUGCAGCCCGCCUCCCAGGCAAUGGAAAUAGAGACCCAAAACGAUCCACUCAAUCAAAGUAAUCUAGUCCCUGCGGAGAAGAGUGAAGUUCAAGUCAAGACUGAGCCUAUCAAGUUCCUCAACAUGAUGCGCUUCUCGCUGCAUAGCGACAAUUCGAGCGAUACCUUCAAUUGCGAACUUAUCGCCUCCGAGGAUCAAGUCAUCAAUUUGGACACUGAUGAGGAGAAGCGUUCAGAAGAAUUGGCUUGCCUUGAGAUAAGCAAUUCGAUCGUUGACAAUGUGCUGCCGUCAUCCUGUCCGAACACCUCAGAUUCAUAUCAAAAUUUACUGGCAGAGGUGCAUCGGUUGGACGAUGAACUGAAUCCGCCUCUUACAGCAGAGAGCCAACUGCCUGCUCCACAGCCUGAAGAAACAGUUAAAGAUACAAAUGCCCAGCAAGCCGAGGAACCCGCUCCAGCUCUGCCAGUACAGUCCGUGCCCGCCAAGAAACAGACACAAGUCCAGAUUAGGAAAAAAACACGUUGCAUUAUGCCCGACAACGUGCCGCAGCUAAGACACGAAUUUCGCCCCUUGCCAGUGGCCGCUAUGGUCCGCAUCGAGCCGGAUGGCUUAAUGCUCCAUGUAAAUAAGGAUGGGGAAGCGGAGGAAGAGCAGCAACUGGUAACCUCCAGUCAAGUGCAACAGGUGCCGCUUCAAUCCGAGCCGCAAAGCGUCUCGCAGGCGCUUGCCACCGACAAUACACUGAUGGAGUCGUCGCAGCUGCAAAAUCUGCUGGAUGCACCAUACAUCAAUCAGCGCAAGGUAAAUGUAGAAGAGAUUAGUGAUAGCAAUAAGAAUAAUAGUGCUGCGUUGAUGGAGAAGAAACGCAUAAACGUUGUGUUUAGAUCCUUGGAACGGUACAUGGCCUUCAGUUCGCUCACUAAGGCCCAAAUAAGCAGGUAUCACAUCAACAGCCUGUCCGUGGGCAGCCCAUAUCAGCAGGCAUUGAUCUCCGUCAAUGGGCGCCUCUGCAAUGUCACCGGUCCGCUGCUGCAGAUCCUGUUCUCGCGGUGCACGGCCAGCUUGCGGGCCGAUCUGGAGCAUCUGCUGCGUGAUAUGGACGAAUUCUGCUAUAACUGCCGCAAGCCAUUGCGCGCGGACUCCACGGAAGAUUUGCGUACGCGCGUCCUAUACAUGUUUAUGCGUGUGGCGCCGCCCUUUGUCCGUUUCCGCCUGGAGUUCGAGAACGAGACACGCGAAUGGGCCGCCUGCAGCGCCAUCUGUGAGCAAGAAAAGGAAAAAAUAAAGCCAAAAAGUGAUGUGCAGACUGUGAUACGCCCAGAGAUACUAGAACGUAUGAAGCAAUUAAAAUUUUUGUUACUGCACCCUUAUCAUUAGUUGGUUUUUUUUUAAUAAAUUAUAUUUUUGGA